GGAAGAUUGGCCAAUCAGGAGGAGGGAUCUUUUUCAGUUCCGCCCUCGUUGCCGGGAUACGCCGAGGCUCACAGACGCUCCGGGUUAGGCCUGAGGGCCCUGGAAAGCAGAACUGAAGUGAACCAGGAGCUUCGAGGAGGCUACGAGUGCCUGUGGGCUCCUCAGCUGUGGCGGCCUCAGAAAGUGGUUGGAGCCCUGCGGCUGCCCUUCUGCGCCCGCGGAGUGGUUUAUAUGAACGGAAAAUGGCCAGUAAUCACAAAUCUUCAUCCCGCCCUGUUUCACGAAGUGGAAUUGGGCUGACAGGAAGGCCUCCUUCCGGAAUACGACCUCCAUCAGGACAUAUUCGAGUGACAACUGGAACGCCACCUGGAACAGCAAGACCAGGCUCUCGUGGCCCCUUGGGGACUGGUGGGGUUUUGUCAUCUCAGAUCAGAGUUGCUGACCGUCCUGUUACACAGCAAGGGUUGAGCGGAAUGAAGACUGGGAUGAAAGGUCCCCAGAGGCAAAUUUUAGACAAAUCUUACUAUCUUGGACUUCUUCGAAGUAAAAUAAGUGAAUUUACAACUGAAAUUAAUAAACUUCAAAAAGAAAUAGAAAUGUACAAUCAAGAGAAUUCAGUGUAUUUGUCAUAUGAAAAGAGAGCAGAGACUUUAGCUGUUGAAAUCAAAGAAUUUCAAGGACAACUAGCAGACUACAACAUGUUGGUAGAUAAACUUAAUACCAAUACUGAAAUGGAAGAAGUAAUGAAUGAUUACAACAUGCUUAAAGCUCAAAAUGAUCGAGAAACGCAAAGUAUGGAUGUCAUAUUUACUGAAAGACAAGCGAAAGAAAAACAAAUUAUAAGUGCAGAAGAAGAAAUUGAACAAGAAAAACAAGCAGCAGAUGGCAUUAUCAGAAAUAUGUCUCCCGAGAAACAAGUCAAGUACAUAGAGAUGAAAAGCACGAAUGAGAAAUUGUUACAGGAAUUAGAUACACUUCAACAAGAAUUAGAUUCACUGAACAUGAAGAAAGAGAGCCUGCAAGCUGAAAUAACACAUUCCCAGGUAAAACAGGAGGCUGUGUUGCUCCAUGAAAAACUUUAUGAAUUGGAGGCCCAUCGAGAUCAAAUGAUUGCAGAAGACCAAAGUGUGGGAUCCCCGAUGGAAGAGAGGGAACGAUUACUGAAACAGGUUAAAGAAGAUAAUCAGGAAAUAGCCAGCAUGGAGAGACAGUUAACAGAUAUAAAAGAAAAAAUAAAUCAGUUUAAUGAAGAAAUCAGACAACUAGACAUGGAUUUAGAGGAUCAUCAAGGUGAAAUGAAUCAGAAAUACAGAGAACUAAAAAAAAGGGAAGAAAAUAUGGACACUUUCAUAGACACUUUUGAGGAAACUAAGAAUCAGGAACUGGAACGGAAAGCACAGUUGGAAGCCAGCAUUGUUGCACUUUUGGAGCAUUGUAGUAGGAAUAUAAAUCGUAUGAAACAGAUAUCUUCUAUCACCAACCAGGAACUAAAGAUGAUGCAGGAUGAUCUCAAUUUUAAAUCUACUGAAAUGCAAAAAUCACAAAGUACAGCUAGGAAUUUGACUUCAGACAGUCAGCGUCUGCAUUUAGAUCUGCAAAAAAUGGAGCUCCUGGAAAGUAAGAUGAUAGAGGAACAACAUUCUCUGAAAAACAAAAUUAAGCAAAUGACUGUGGAUCUGGAGACAUAUAAUGAUUUGCCAACUUUAAAAUUAUCAGGUGAAGAAAAGAGAAAGAAAUUGCAUCAGGAUAGAAUGAUAUUAUCAACUCGUAAAAAUGCCUUUAAGAAAAUAACAGAGCAGCUAAAUAGAGAAUAUGAGACCCUGAAAACACAAUUACAAGAAAAUGAAACACAUUCUCAGCUUACAAAUUUGGAGAGGAAGUGGCAACACCACGAGCAAAAUAAUUUUGUGAUGAAAGAAUUCAUAGCAACCAAGAGUCAGGAAAGUGAUUACCAGCAAAUCAUUAGAAAUGUGACCAAGCAGAUUGCGGAGUACAAUAGAACCAUCGUGGAUGCUCUCCGUAACAGCAGCAGGAAUGGAGUCUGAAUCAACCGAUAGUUUCUGUAGAAGUUAUCUUCUUGAUGUUAAACUUUGUACAAGAUGACUGAAAAAUUAAAAUAUCUUACCUUUUAAGAGUUAUAUCUAAAUUUUCUGAGUGCUAUAAUUUUUGUGCCUCUUUAAAGUGUGACAUUUUAAAUAGUUUAAUAGGUCAUAAAGAAUUCUCACAUGAAAAAGUGUCAUCUCCUUUCAUGUGAUUCUUGUAUUUGUUUUGUGGAUAUUAAAAGUAUCAGAGAGAACCAAGAGCUUUAAAAAAUGACCAUGGAGAUUCACUUAGCUUUGUAAUUCGACAGUGGUAGCAAAUAAGGUUGCUUUUUCAUGGUCAACAUUCUAGAUAUGAUUCUGAUUUAGUUACUUAGAUCAGUCUUGUUGGUUUUUCUUAGAAGGGAGAUUUUUAGCACUUAGCCUUCUCAGCCUUAGAUGUCUAUUUUUUUUCCCCCUCAUUGAGUUUACUGGUACAUUUUGGGUAUACACUACAGUUACA